CAAGGGGAGGUUGGAUACAAAGCUGUACCAAGCAUAGCUGUUGUCAAAACAGAGAUUUGACUUAAAAGCAAACUCUUAAAUGUUGACUCAAGUGCCCUGUUGUAGUACAACAAACAUGCUGGCGAUUUCUACAUGGUAUAUAGUCUUUGGACUCAGUUUGGACUCAGGAACCCGGUAACCUCCAAUGCCACCAUAUUUCUGAGCUGCAACCUUCCAGGAUUGUCCAUAAAUACAAGGUGUCAAGUGCUCAGAGACAUGGCUAAGGUAAGAGAGGCUGAAAUACAACUGCCACUGAAUAAGACUAACAAGCUGAAGCGUCAUGACUGGGCCAAGAAAUACCUGAAGACAAUUUCUUAAAUGUUUUAUGGACAGAUGAAAUGAGUGACUCUAGAUGGACCAGAUGGGCAGGCCUGUGGUUGGAUCUCUAAUGGGCACAGAGUACCAGUUUGAGCGAGGCACCAGAAAGGUCGAGGAGGGGUACGGCUGUGGACUGGUAUCAUUAAUGAACUAGUUGGACCUUUUUGGAUUAACAUUGGACUGAAAAUCAACUCCCAAACCUAUUACCAGUUUCUAGAAGACACUUUCUUCAAGCAAUGGUACAGGAAGAAGUCAGUAGCGUUCAAGAAGGCCAUGAUCUCUAUGCAGGACAAUGCUUCAUCGCAUGCAUCAAGGUUGCUUGGCUAGCCUGCAAAGGCAUCAAAUGCCACUUUUCCACUGCAGGAACUUUCCCCAGAAACUAUGGACUUUUGGAGCCCAUCCCCAGUCCAGAUCCUACACUCGAUACUGCAGAAACGCAUGAUCUAGUAUUGAAGUCUCAGCUUAAUAAAGACAUUUUAAAGGGCAAAAAGGCCCCAGCUAUAGAGGAGCUUGCCAAGAUGUUCUACACCACAAAGCACCGCUGGUACCCGGUGGGACAAUAUCAUACAAGGCGCAAGAACCGAAAUCCACCCAAAGACAGAUAGCAGUGUUUGCUGUCUGAGAGUUAUAAAUGUGAUUGAUCCUAAUCUGCUCUUUGUGUGAACAAAUAAAACCAUUAUAAAUUAAUUGCAAGAAUGGUGUAACAUGGCAUUUGUUUCAGUGAAAUUAGUUUGUAUGAAGAAAUGUAUUGUAUUUAUUCGCUUUCCAAGCUACAAUAAAUACCCAGCUACAGCAUUGAAAA